UGAAAGAGCCGCAGAGAUCCCAGUGGAACUGGACAGAGGACACAGGAAAGUUAGAGAGGGGAUAGAUAGAAAAACAGAGGGAUAGGGAGAAAAUGCAAAGGUCAUGAGGUCUAAUCUCUUACAGUGGACUUUGCGUGUACAGUGAAGAGUGAGUGGACAUACACUACCUGUGUGGAUGGUUGCCAGAUGACCAUUGGGAGAUAAGGACCAGUAUGCAAUGGAUACAUGGGAAGGUGGCCAGGCUGACUCGCGCUCCUGCCUCAUCUGUGGUGACCGUGCCACAGGCCUGCACUACGGCAUCACCUCCUGCGAAGGAUGCAAGGGGUUCUUCAAGCGGAGCAUCUGCAACAAGCGCGUCUAUCGUUGCAGCCGAGACAAGAACUGCGAGAUGUCACGCAAGCAGCGCAACCGCUGCCAGUACUGCCGCCUUCUCAAGUGUCUUCAGAUGGGCAUGAACCGCAAAGCAAUCAGGGAGGAUGGGAUGCCAGGAGGGAGAAAUAAAACCAUUGGGCCUGUUCAGAUUUCACACCAAGAAAUUGAACGCAUUAUGACAGGCCAAGAAUUUAAGGAAGACAACCAUAUUCCAGAACACUCUUGGGGAGACAACAUGGACAACGAGCAGAGUUCCCCCAACAAUGGUGUCUCUGAGGUCAACCAUCCUUCCCCAAUGUCCACUCUGUCAUCCAGUCGAUCAAUGGACAUCAGCAGCUACAAUGCUACCUACCAGGAACAGUAUGUUGGCACCCUUGUACCCUUGCACUACCAGUCUCUGCCGCACCUUUUUGGCUACAUGGAAGAGUCUGGCCCUUUUCCCAGUCCUGCUCGCAGCCUGUAUCCCAAAUCCCAGACCCUGGUGUCACAGCUGAUGGCUGCUGAAGACCUGGCGCCCCUGGGCACCCCCAUGCUGAUAGAAGCUGGGUUCGGGGUAACCCAGGUGGAGCUUUUUGCCCUGCUGUGCCGUCUGGCAGAUGAGCUGCUGUUCCGUCAGAUCUCUUGGAUCAAGCAGCUCCCCUUCUUCUGUGAGCUGUCCAUCGAGGACUGCACCCGCCUGCUCAGCGCCACCUGGCAGGAGCUCAUCUUGCUCUCCAGCUUCACCAUAUACAGCGCACAGAUCUUUGGAGACCUGGCAGCCGUCACCGCUAAAUACUCACCCUUGGAUGACCAAUUGAAGGAGUUUAGCGAAGAUGGAAUGGAUGUAAUGGAGAGGUUGAUUUAUCUGUUCCACAAGUUCCAUCAGCUGAAUGUUAGCAACGAGGAAUAUGCCUGCAUGAAAGCCAUCAACUUCCUCAACCAAGAUAUCCGGGGCCUCAUUAACGUUUCCCAGCUUGAACAGCUUAACAAGCGCUACUGGUAUGUGUGCCAAGACUUAAUGGAGUGCAAGUACCCACAACAACCAAAACGCUUUACAGAGAUCAUGAUGUGCCUCCCCGAGAUACGCUGCAUCGCAGGGAAACUGGUGUAUUUCCCAGUGGAACAACUCCCCCUACUGUUUAAAGCAGUGCUGCACUCCUGCAGAUCAGGCCUCAAGCUCUGAGGAGGGACACUACCUUGCAUGACAACAGGCCUGUCACUGUCUGCUGAAAACCCAACUGGUCACCUGAAGGCAAGCCGCAAAGGACAGGAACUUCCUCUCCCCAAUCCUAUUUGCCCUUUUAUGAAUGUAAUGUGCAACGUGAAUGUUUUUCCUAAAUGUAUUUAUGACAUGACAGAUCUGAAUGUAUUUUCAUCUACGCAAGGAACAUGCCACACGCCUGCAAAUAGGCUACACAAAAUUAACCAAUAAUUCUUUUGAAGCGUAAGUGUAAUAUACAAGUGUGUUGAUCCUUAGGAAUGUAGCUAUUUUCCCCAUUUCAUUUGUAGAAAAAAUGUAUAUUUGGGGCUUCCACUUAAAUAAUGAAUUUGAGAAAGUUGAUCAAGUGUAUGUUCUGUAUUGGUAAAGACAACAUCACUAUUCAUGUGUAUUAUUAACACAGCAUCUGCCACACUUUGUAUUAUAAAAUACAUGUAACAUCGUUUGCUAUAGUGUUCAAGGCCAGAUGAUGUCCAGAGUGGACAUGUCUUUGUUAACACAUCUUCCAACAUCAAAUGAGUUUAUUUCUUCGGUUUCCUCUUUUGCCCUCUCUAUUAGAGGCAUUAAUAUCAACAUGCGCGUGAAUCUGCAUGUCUGUAUUUUCUGUCUCAUUAUGCAAGUGAAGGGAAGAGAUUAAGUUAUAUUUUAGGUGUAUUAUCUACAGUUUGGCAUUUACUUGUAUUCCUUGCAUUUCAAUCAAUCAACUAACUGGUAAUUGGUCCAGGCAGUUGUACUGUAGUUGAUCUCUAUUGGAGACGUAUCUGUAGAUGCCAAGGAGAUCAGAGGGGAAAGAUGCACACUGUCUCAGCCCAGGUGUGGGUAGGAGUGGAUAUAUAAUAAAGAAUAAAUGCAAAAAUGACAUGUAGUAUGCGUACAGUGUACACUGCUCUUUGAUAAAACACAGACAUUGUUAAUUCUUUAUGUGCCAACAAAAAGCUUAGAGCCCAAAAUAAUUAUGUGGUAUUUUCUUACUUUGAGCCGCACAAAUUUGUGUUCUUAACAGGGUAAAUGUGAGUUUGUUGUACUCAGGAGUUACUCGGGAAUCAUGUUUAGGAAGUACAUUGUAGUAUGAGUAGAUGUAGCUUUUAGGAAACUUCUUGAGUCCUUUUUAGUAGCCGUCUUGCCUUUUGGGAAUUUCUUUUUCUAUCUAUUAAAGGAAAGUUUGGCAUUCUUUGUGAGUGUUUAAACAGUAUUACAAGUCAAUUCUUUAGUUUUUUGUAAAAAAUGAUGACACUUGAGUUCUCAAUGUCUUUGAAACUGGUUGGACUUGUAUUAUUUGGUGUCCUAUACACAUGGCAAAUAAGGCCUGUCACUUGACCAUUACAAUUGCCCUCCCCCAUAAAACAUUCCAAAUCAUUUUCAAAAUAUUUGUUAUAUCUCUUGAAUGUUUACAUAUUUUGCACCAGACAAUGAUAUAAGAAAAGUUACUGUGCCAAAGUUACCAUGUGUUACUGUGAUUGAUGUUUGAUAUGCUUUGGUUUUUACGUUCUUAGUCAGAGCUCGUUGUUCGGCAUUUUGCUCAAGUCUAGAAGUGCCUCCAUCUUAGCCAACUCCGUCAGCCUUGUGUGUUCAUAUAGUUCUUGAGGAAAGCUUAUUCAGCAAAUGUGUUUGUAUACACCACAUUUAACCAUGUCUCCCACUGUUAGUUUUAUUUGAAUUUAAAUGUUCUGUAUGGAUUUUUUGGCUUGUUUGAUAAGAAAAGCUUCACUGUCUAAGAAUUCUGUAUUAUUCGAACAGAAAGAGUUUUUGUUGUUAUUGUAGGUUUUAAGUCUACGGUUUGGUCCAGUCAUGUAAUUGACAAAAGGUGUAGUCCUCUCGGAGCUGUAGAUAUUGCAUGGAUUCACUGUGAGUAAUGCAAGUUACCAGUCUGUAGGGAGACUCUCUUUCUGUUUGUCAGUUAAGUUCUAGUUUUCAAGUCCCAUGGCCACUCAGGGAAGUGAAAUGGUUGAGUUCAGACCGUUGUUGUA